CCUGUCAGUACAGGUGCACGGACCAACUGCUGGAGAGCUGCACCUGGAGCUUUUCACUGCAAAGCUCUCUCCUUUGUACAUUUUGUUUGUACUUUAAAAAGUUAUCCUGAUGUGUUUUUUUCUGUCUUUUAUUUAUUUAUUUAUAAUAUUUUGGACAUCAUCAAACUUUUUAAAAGGACGUUUAACUGCUCUCAGUGGAGUCAAAAGUUACCGAUCCUUCAUCUCUGGUGCUUUCUGAAGAGCGACAGCAGCAGACCUCCUGCAUGAGACAGACUUUAACAAAGUAAAUUCUACCCCAGGACCGCAGAACCACACAAUCCAUGUCAUCAUGGCAGACUUCCCAUCCAAAGUCACCACCGAAACCAGCUCCCCCCAAAGCUCUCAAGAAGAGGACAAAAGCCUCCGAAGACUCUUCUUUAACAUCACCAACAAGGUGGACGUGUCUUUUCUCCGAAGCAUCCCAGCCAUCCUCAUGGUCGCUGAAAUAGUUUUUGGACUGGUUCACUGGACACUGAUAGCGAGCACAAACUACAGAGCAUUCCCAGUGUAUGGAUGGGUGAUGUUUGUGGCCAUCACUCUAUGGAUCCUCACCACCAUCCUCUUCUUCAUGAACCUGUUUGUCGUCCAAGUUAAACUCACCUUCAUUCCCUGGACUCUGAUGGUGAUGGUGUACCACGGAGCAGCCGUCCUCCUUUAUGUCACUGCCUUUGUGGCCAACGCAGCUUCUGUCCACAAAAACCACUACAUGGCAGCUGCCGCUUUUUUCGGGGCUGUGGUGACCAUAGCAUACGGUGCCAGCGCUUACUUCUCCUAUAUGUACUGGAGGAGAGAUGGAGGAAACGCUGCCACCAGCACGCUGCCUACAUAGGAAUCAAACCCACGCUGCUGCCAGGAACCUGCUACUCUGACAACACAAACAACGAAAAACUACGGAAGGCGACCAGUAACAUUAAGUACACUCCUAAGUGUGUACUUGGAUUCUCUGGUUCUAUAUCACCCUUUCCCCAAUGUUACCAAUAAGAUUAAAAAAUAAAUAACUCUACUCAUUGAAUAUUCAAAUAAUCCCAUAUGUAGGUCUCUCUGCAAUAUCACUUCUGAUACUGAAUUUUGGUCAAUUUGUUUUUUA